GGAAAUUAUUCGUGAAGAUUUGGUGAGUGCUAUUAUUUUUUGCUGGUCUAAUAAAUUUGUUCCGCAUGGACUUAACUCGAGUUUGUUAUUACUUUUGCCUAAGGAAAGAGGUGCUAAUACUCUUAGAAACUUCAGACCAAUAUGGCUUAGUAAUUUUUUCUUUAAGAUUUUUACUAAGAUCCUUGCUGCUCGUUUGGGAGUGUGUUGGGUAAUUUGGUUUCAAAGGAGCAAGUUGCUUUUAUGAAGGGUAGAAAUAUCCAUGAAAAUAUUAACCUUGCUUCGGAGAUGGUUAAUGAACUGCAAAUUAAGCGCAAGGAUGGUAAUGUGGGUUUAAAACUUGAUAUUACUCAAGCUUUUGACACGGUUAGCUGGUCUUUUGUUUUGGAGGUUUUUAGAAGAUAUGGGUUCUCAGAGUUUUGGUGUGAUUGGAUCCUCAUCAUUUUGAAAUCAUCAAGAAUCUUUGUCCUUGUGAAUGGUAGCCCAGAAGGUUUUUUCAGUAUUGAUAGAGGCCUACGGCAUGGUGAUCCUUUGUGUCCUUUGAUUUUUGUUUUGAUUGAAGAUGUCUUAAGAAGAAAUAUCACGAAACUCUUUUGUGAGGGGCACAUGACAACUAUGGUCACUAGAAAAGUUAGUCGUGAGAAGAGCAAACUCUAUUAUGGAGGUGGUUCUGUGCGAAGACGAGAAACUAUUGCUGAAUUCUUGGGUAUGAAUAUUGCAACCUUUCCGGAUAGAUAUUUGGGGGUUAAAGUUGUGUCGGGAACCGUUAAAUAUCAUCAUAUUAGUGAUGUGCUUGAGAAGAUUAAGGAGCAAUUAUCUGGCUGGAAAGGGAGGAUGUUAUCUUUUCAAGAUAGGGUGGUGCUUGUCAAUUCAGUAAUCGCAAACUAUUCAAUCCAUAAUAUGGCAGUUCACAAGUGGCCUAGGAAGUUUAUUCAUCAAUGUGAGUUUGUCAUUCGCAAUUUUUUAUGGCCAGGUGAUUCACAGGUGAGUAGAUUUUUUGUUGUUUCUUAUGAUAAGAUUUGUGCUCCUUAUGAAGAGGGGGGUUUGGGGAUUCCUCAAAUGCGAGUUAUGAACACGCUAUGCUCAUGAUGUUGUGUUGGAAUAUAUGCUCUUCUAAAAAGGCUUGGGCGGGUUGAAAAAACGGGGGUACAACAACCUCACCCAAUAUUUCGAUUAGCAAUCUGUAUGGACAAACUCCAAUAUACUUUCAAGAGAAUCAACUAGACUCAAUCUUAAUAAAGUA